AUGUCGGCCGACUUUUGGGCCGGCUACCUCAGCGGCGCCGUGGGAAUCCUCGUGGGCAAUCCCCUCGACAUCACCAAGGUUCGACUGCAGGCCGGCCAGGCCGCGACCAGGAGCCCGCGCAUUCGGGGCCCCGCGGCUCUGGCAGCGGGCACGGCUGCUCCCGUCCUCGGGUACGGCGCCCUGAACGCCAUGCUCUUCAUGUCGUAUAAUCGCUGCGAGCCGGCGCUGCAGGCCGCCUUCGCGUCGGAUAACAGCCUCGCCGCGACCUGGCUUGCCGGCGCCCUCGGCGGCCUCGCCACCUGGGUAGUGAGCGCCCCGACCGAGCUCGUCAAGUGCCGCGCCCAGCUGUCUGCGACUCGGGAGUCCAGCUGGCGCAUCGCGCGGGACGUCUGCCAGGCCCAGGGGCUUCGCGGGCUGUACCUGGGCGGACUGCUGACGGCCACAAGAGACAGCGUCGGCUACGGCUUCUACUUCUGGUCGUACGAGCUGGCCCAUAGCUGGUGGCCGUCAGCGGCAGCAGCAGCAGCAGCCGCAGAACCUCAAGGCCACGCCCUUUCCACGCAGCCAGAGACCCCGAGGAUCCUGCUCUGCGGGGGCCUCGCGGGGGUCGUCACUUGGGCCAGCGUGUUCCCGCUCGACGCCAUCAAGACCCGUGUGCAAACCCAGCAUGCGACCGUCCAGCAAGAGGCUGCCGCGUUGCCAAGGAGCCCCAACCCGGCGUCAUGCGCCGCGCUCAGGCCGCCGGGAUCCAUGGAAAUCGCCCGACUCAUGUUCCGGCAAGGUGGGUUGAGCAUAUUCUUCCGGGGAUUGACUGUCUGCAGCAUCCGUGCUUUCGUUGUCAACGCAGUUCAGUGGGCAGUGUACGAAUGGGUCAUGGCCGGGCUGGUUCAAGCGUCACAGAAGGAAGACGGCGCCGCGGCAAAGUGA